AUGCGGCCUCUGCACUAUUUCCUCCUUCCCCUCCUGCUCUCCGCGCUCUCCCUCGCUUCUCCCCCGGGAUACAUGAGCAUCCCCAAGUUCGGAUCUUCGCCCACCGUGAAGCUCGACGAGGCGACGGUCACCGGCGUCAGGGGCAACAACGUCGAAAAGUUCCUCGGUAUCCCAUUCGCCGCGGCCCCUCGUUUCGACCUGCCGCAGCCAAUCGAGGCAUACACCAAGUCGUUCACGGCUACCAAGUACGGCCCGGCGUGCCCCCAGCAAGCCAUCACGCUCCCACUCCUCUUCGCCAAGCUCGAUAAGUGGAACGUCGUCCGGCAGAUCGUCGACAAGGUCUACACGGCGCUUGUUUUGAAGGAGACCAGUGAGGACUGUCUCUCGCUGAACGUCAUCGCUCCUCGCGGGGCCGAGAAAGGCGACAACCUCCCCGUGCUCGCAUGGAUCUUCGGAGGUGGCUUCGAGAUAGGGGGUUCUAGCCAAUACGACGGGACCUUCAUCGUGCAGCAGUCGCUGGAGAUCAACAACCCCGUCAUCUUCGUCAGCAUGAACUACAGAGUAUCUGCAUACGGGUUCCUGGCCGGCAAGGAGGUCAAAGACGCUCAUGUGGGGAACCUCGGCCUGCGGGAUCAGCGUGCGGCACUCGAGUGGAUUCAAAAGUACAUCCAAGCGUUCGGCGGAGAUCCGAAAAAAGUCACCAUCUGGGGACAGAGCGCAGGGGCGAUAUCCGCGUCUCUCCAUAUGCUUGGUAGCGGCGACCGCAACCGAAAUCUCUUCCGCGGCGCGAUCAUGCAGAGCGGUGCGCCUAUCCCCGUCGGGGACAUCAAGAACGGUCAGAACGACUACAACACGCUUGUGAAGGACACUCGCUGCUCCAAAGCCACGGAUACGUUGCAAUGUCUGCGCAACGUUCCAUUCGAGGCUCUCAAGCGUGCUGUCGACAAUUCUCCCUCCUUCAUGACACAUCAGUCCCUGAACCUCGCAUGGCUUCCACGCGUAGAUGGAGACUUCCUUGAGGACGAACCGCAGAAGAUGGUGGCGGAAGGACGCGUCCUCGAUUUACCGAUGAUAUCAGGGAGCUGCGAGGACGAAGGCUCAGUAUUCUCCCUGGCAUCGCGCAGCUUGGUUGCAACAGACGAAGACGCGCUCCAAUACAUCCGCUCCACCUACAUGCCACAUGCCACCAGGCACGAGAUGGACCGUCUCUUCGAGCUAUAUCCCAUGAUGGACGUCACGCGCAGGAACCGGCGACAGCGCGGGGUGUCGUCCAUAGUAUUCCCGCAGCAGUUCCAGCGCAUCGCAGCCAUCCAGGGCGACCUCGUCUUCCAAGCGCCCCGCCGCUUCUUCCUCAAGCACCGUUCUGGAGAGCAGCCCACGUGGGCCUACCGCAUGAGCCGCACGUUCACCACCAUGCCCAACCUCGGCGCCUUCCACGGCUCCGACCUGGUCGACCUCUUCCCGUGGACCCAGCGGCGGAUCCUGUCGGGCAACGUCGGCGGCGGCUACCUUGCGACCUACAGCGACCUCGCGCCGUACUUCAUCCACUUCGCCGCGGAGCUCGACCCCAACUCGCCGGUGAGGGACAUCGCGAAGUGGUACCCUUACACCCCCGAGCUGCGCCGCAUGCUCACCUUCCACGACGACGGGAUUGAGCCGAUCACGACGAGGGACGACUACCGGUCUGACGCGAUGGAGUUCAUGACGGUGUUGUCGCGCAAGUACCCGAUGUAG